ACGAUUGGGGUGGCACUUGGUACAACACUAGCUAGUUCUUUCUCUGUCAAAAUGGCUGCCGCGCAAGAGGCAAGACGCGAACCAAUUCAGGCCGUUCAGGUCUUUGGCCGCAAGAAAACUGCGACCGCAGUAGCAUACUGCAAGCGCGGACACGGUGUGCUCCGCGUCAAUGGCCGCCCGCUGGACCUAGUGGAGCCCCGUCUGCUGCAGUACAAACUGCAGGAGCCCAUCCUAUUGCUCGGCAAGGAAAAGUUCUCUGGUGUGGACAUCAGAGUGACGGUGAAGGGUGGUGGUCACGUGGCCCAGGUGUACGCCAUCAGACAAGCCAUCUCCAAGGCACUCAUCGCUUUCUACCAAAAGUAUGUAGAUGAAGCUUCCAAGAAGGAGAUCAAGGACAUCCUCGUCCAGUACGACCGGAGCCUGCUGGUGGCGGACCCGCGCCGCUGCGAGCCCAAGAAGUUCGGCGGUCCGGGCGCCCGCGCCAGAUACCAGAAAUCCUACCGUUAAGACAUCCAUAUUGUACGCUCAGUGGUGUUGCAUUGGUCUGUGGACCAGUGGGAUAGCAUUGGGUGUUAAUAAAAAGAUAAAAAUCUA